AAUUGUUAACCCCUCCCACACCUGUCGGGCCUCCGAAGGCGUUUUAAGUGACUAGUGACAUCACCACUGAGCAGAAACCUCCCCUGUCUGAGCUUCAGUGCAUGGAUGCAUGCAGGACAGGAAACAUGGCUGGGUGUUAAAAAACAGCCAAAUGCGACCUGCUGUUAUAAUCAGAUGUUUUUUAGUAAACAUCAUCCUUCAGACAGGUCACUUGGCUCUAAUAGAAACAGAGGAGACUGUGUGGGCAGCAGUAGGUGAUCAAGCCUCUCUAAGCUGUCAGCUCACUGAGGAUAAAGAUGUCCUCCAGAUCACCUGGCAGAAAGUCCGCCAUGAUGAACAGAAGAGUCUUGCCUCCUAUACAAAAGAAUAUGGUUACAGAGUGAGAGUUGAACUGAUAGAGAAGAUGGAUUUUCAGUGUGAAGAACUUCAGAGCUGCUCCAUGGUGAUCAGGAAGGUGAUGGAGGAGGAUGAAGGCUGCUACCAAUGUCUGUUUAACACCUAUCCUGGAGGAAUCCUGAUAGGCAGGACCUGCCUCAGACUCUAUGAGCUGCAUGAACCCAUCCUUGAUGUCAACAGAUUAAAUGUUUCUGCAGAGUCAGUUGUGUCCUGUUCAGCCACAGGUCGACCUGCUCCCACUGUAACACUGACUGUUCUACAGCAGAACCUCAGCUUCUCCCACUACAACAGCAGCAGUGUGACCCACAGCAACGGUACAGUCACCGUCACCACCACAGCUCUGCUGUCAGCUUUCAGCAGCACACAGGUUGGAUGUUCAGUGUCAGUGCUCUCUGCUGCUCCCAGAGAGAUGAUGAUCACCGUUCCUGGAGAUAAAGGAACAUCUGAUGAUGUGCUGAGGAAUUUCCGGUAGUAUGCAUACGUAUAGAAACCAUAGUGAGACUAAGAUGGAGACUGCAGCAGUCAGGAGUAAAACCAGCAGGAUGGUCUGAACAAACUAACCUACCAGUCUGUAGUGGAAGAGAUGAAGCAGCCGACCUGAGGUCAAAGGAUGAGGAACAUGAAAAACUAUUGUGAGGUUAUGAUGAAAUAAUUUAUAAUAAUCUUAAUUGCAAUGCUGGUUUUAGUUGAUUUAUUUCUUUAACCCUUAAGUUUACAAAUUUGCAUUUAUUCCAAUUGAAAACAGUUUAAAAGUAAUGAACAACUUUGUCCUUUUUUAAAAGUAAAAAUCUUGUUGCUUUAAUACAUUUGGAAUUUUGCAAAGACAUUUGUUUUCAAUUCCACCUAAAAUAUAGGGUUUGUAGA